CCGCCGCGCCCCCGUUAACCGGCGCCGGCUGCGGGCGGGGGUUCGCGCUGGGCCCCGCGCUGCGCGUGUUCCGAGGAGCCGCUCGGGAGGCCGCGGGCAGCUUCCCGCCGCCGGUCGGGCGCGGCGCUGAGCGGCGGCCCCGCCAUGGAUCUCUUCGGGGACCUGCGGCGCAUGAACAAGCGGCAGCUGUAUUACCAAGUCUUAAAUUUUGCUAUGAUAGUGUCUUCCGCCCUGAUGAUCUGGAAGGGGCUGAUUGUGGUGACGGGGAGCGAGAGCCCGAUCGUUGUGGUGCUCAGUGGCAGCAUGGAACCGGCUUUUCACAGAGGAGACCUGUUGUUCUUAACCAAUUUCCACAAUGACCCAAUCAAAGCUGGUGAAAUAGUUGUUUUCAAAGUCGAAGGCAGAGACAUUCCAAUAGUUCACAGAGUAAUCAAAGUGCAUGCAAAAGAGACUGGGUACAUCAAAUUUCUGACUAAAGGUGAUAAUAAUGAAGUUGAUGAUAGAGGCUUGUACAAAGAAGGUCAGAACUGGUUAGAGAAGAAGGAUGUUGUUGGAAGAGCAAGAGGGUUUUUGCCUUAUGUUGGGAUGGUAACAAUAGUCAUGAACGACUAUCCGAAGUUUAAGUACGCUCUGCUGGCAGUGAUGGGGGCGUACGUGCUGCUCAAACGGGAAUCCUAAAGACAAACGGCACUGUUCCAAGAUCAAAGGACAGAGUUAAAUACAUGGGGGGGGGGGGAAACUAAUAUAUUUCAGACGUUUUCAUUAUGUAUGCGGUGACCAAACUGUGCAAGCUUCUGUCUUGUCUAAAUAAACUGCAACUAAAAUGAGUAAAGCUGCUGA